CGCGCCCUCAAUGAACAAGCAUCCUUCUUCCAUACGCAUGCGCAAUUGAUCCGAAAACUUUGGGAGUAGCCGGAAGUUUUUAAGAUGGCUGCCAGCGAGGUGUCUCAGCUGAUUGAUAUAGACAUCCCUACUGGACGUCAGAAUCUACAGGAAAACCAUGCAAACCUCCAGCAUCUCGCUGAACACUGCGAGGAACGAUAUAAACAGGCUGAUGACAAGCGGCAGGCCCUGGAGGAGACCAAGGACUACACCACCCACUCUCUGGCCAGUGUGGCCUACCAGAUCCACACCCUGGCUGCCAACUUCCUCAACCUGCUGGACAUGCAGCAGAACCAGCUCUCGGGGAUGGAGUCCAGCAUCAACCACCUCUCACAGAUUGUAAACAUACACAAGGAGAAGGUAGCCAGACGAGAGAUUGGUGUUAUCACAACCAACAGGACUUCAUUGAGGGCUGUUGGAACCAAGAACGGCAUCAUAUUCCCAGAGCAGGCUGAACGUCCAGUCAAGUAUCAGCGCAAACCAGUAGAUUACACAGUACUAGACUCUACUGGACAUGGAAUCAAAGCACCAUCUUCGGCACCCAAGAACAGCCGUCCCCCUUCCAUAGCAAGUCAGGGCUCUUCCCACGCUCCCACCACCAGACCCCCCACGCCACCCAUUUCACGGUCCGGUUCCAUGUCAGGGGGCUCAAUUUCAGGAGCUUCUACAUCAGGGACAAUCUAUGGAACCCUGGGAAGAAGCCAUUACAGGUCAGUGGCUCCCCCAGUGGCUCCACCAUCUGUCCCAGCCAACCAGCAGUAUGCAACCGGCCAAUCCCAGCAUGGUGCCAGGGACAGAUAUGAAAUGCUGUAUGCCCCCAGUGUAAUGGGUACUGUCCACUCACCCCCACCUCUUGGAAUGGCACGGCCCACAUCAGAUAGGGUGUCCUACCAUCGGGAAUCCACAGGUGCUCCCUUUUCGUACAUGGGUUACCAGAUUGCCAGUAGGCAGGAUGUGCCGCUGCCUCCUCCCCCUCCAACCCUGGACCAUGAAGGGCAGGAUGCACUCGCUUCAACAGUAGUGUCACCACCCCCACCCCCUCCUCCUGAGGCUGCCCAAGGGUAUGGCUAUGGCAAUGAUCCACCUCCACCACCCCCAGAGUUCAGUGACACGGACAGUCAACCGCCGCCACCCCCAGAGGAUCCGUACAUGGAGACGGGGCCACAGCUCACCACGCAGCCGGACUGGAUCCCCAAACACUACCAGGAGAAGGUUAUAGCAAUCUAUGACUACAAGGCAGAGAAGGAGGAUGAGCUGACGUUUUCAGAAAACUCGCUGAUCUUUGUACUGAAGAAGAAUGAGGACGACUGGUGGGAGGGAGUAAUGGAUGGGCAGCGUGGCCUGUUCCCGUCCAACUACGUGGAACCCUGCAUGUAGAACUGGUUCCAACAAACACACACUAUGCAUGUCCAACACAGGCAUAUGUCCCAACACCUCAAUAAGCUUAUUCCACUGUGUGGAUCCUACCUUUAAAAGGGCAUUAGGCUAUGAAUAAUUGGCAGUCCCUGCAAAUUUGAACCAGGUCAUUUUGAAUCACUCCUUUUAGUGUACAGUACCAAACAGGUCUUUUAUAGUGGUGCCUUUUCAUGCAGUGAGCAGGUUUGAGCUGGUGCCUGGUUACAAUGUUAGGACCUGAUUUGGACAUGGCACUGGACUCGAGGGAAUAGUCCAUCUUCAAGACAAUUUGGGAUCUCAUCAGAGAGUAGAUUGUUGUGACUGGAAGCUGUCAAGUUUCUUCACAUCUGGUUAAUGUUUCAUAAUUAGGUUCUGUUCAGAUGAACAGAUUUAUUCAUCUCCGAAGUUAGAUAGGUCCAUACAUGUUGCUUUAUAUCACAUGCAGAGUUUCUACACUAUCACAGUUUUAUUUCUUAUCAUUCCAUACCUUCAGCGUGUAUAUGCACAGAAUGAAGUGUUCAUUUUUAUACUUAUUAGUGACUAGUAAUUAGCAGAACGUUUUGUUGGUGCCAUAUAUUCUAUUUCUGUUUGUGAUGUUAAUGGAGACAUGGUCUAUGCCAUAUACAGAUUGUUUCACUUGAAGCACCUUUGUACAUUAUGACAACUAGAAAUUAGGAACUGCUGUCGGUUAUCUUGAUUGAUGUGGAACAUACACGUGUGUGUCUGUCAGAAGUUAUUUUGUAUUUGUGUCAGUUCUUGUUUCAUGUGUUUACUGGUUAAAUGGAAGUGCCAAUAUGUUUUCAAAUGAGAACAAAUUAUUUAGACUUUUUCUCAUCAAAUGUAUGCAUAUUUUUAUAAGAAGGAGUUAGUGCUCCCAUAAUGACAUAAGUUUCUCUGUGCCUUGUCACUUUCUUGCCUUACUCUAUUUUGUCAUUUGGUUUUAAAACUUUUAUUAAUAGGGCUGUUCUCAGCUCAGUGCCUACAGCAUGUUCAGGCAAUGUACAUAUUGGACCAUUCCAAAUUAUGCUACAUUUCAUUCCAGAAGACCUUCAAAAACUGUGAUUAUAGUAUAUUCUCAAGGAAACUGUCUUUGUUAUGUUUAUGUUAUGGGUGCUAGGGUUUCUGAACCUAACAUAUUGUUGUUUGUAUGUAGGUAAUUGUCUUUAUAUGUAUACAGGGAUUUAUCUAGACAUCUAAGAGGCUGAUAUUCAUCCCCUAAUUUGUAGCAAGGUAAUAGUGUCUUUAUUCAAGGUAGUGAAGUGAAACUAGCACAAUUAACAGGACCAAUAAAGAAGGUUCUUUAAUGCUUACUUUUACAUGAUUGCAUGGAAUGCAGUUAACUAAAAGAAAAUCCCAAAUUUGAACCAAGUGAUUUUUUACCAGUACUUGUGCUAAACCUAGAUAAAUCUCUGGUUUACAAUCUGUUCUUCUUGUCCUUCCAUCCCAACGCUGCUGAUCAGUGUUUCGAAUCCGUUAUUGGUUGUCCUCCGUAGUCACUCAGCUGUGUGUGACUGUGGUAGUUAUAGACAGCUACAGCCUGUGUAGUUUCCCCAUGCACAACAUGAGACAUUGUAGUUACUGCUCUGGGUGGAGAUAAGCCCAACUCACUCCUCUCACAUGAAAGUGCAUUAAUGUUAGUCUGUCUCAAGGUCACGAUUGCUCACUAUUGUCCAGGAUAUAGAUAUUUCCUUGUGUACACCAGGCAGACUACCUGCUGAUGCUGGAUUGUUUUCACCUUUGUGUUUUUUCUCAGAUUAUUUACAUUGAUCAAAUCAGAAUAUUUUUCAUUUUGUUUGUACUUAGAUCUGAUUUUGAGUUAUUUCAUAUUUAUAUGUCAAAUCUUGUCAUAUUUUGUGUUAUUGUGAGGAAAAUAUUUUUUAAUAAUAUCAAAUCUUAUGUUUCCAAACAUUAUUGUAAGGAUUCUGUUGAUGGAAAUAAGAACUCUAACAGUAAGGACGGUGGUAAAACUCAUGUAUUUCCAAUCAAUCUGAUAACAUUUUAUAAUGUUCUGUUUGUUUUAUCAGAAAAUCUUUUGAACAAGAACCAUCUACUAUUAUUUCUCACUAGGUUCAUCAGGUAAUAUGUUUGCCACAUGACAAUCAUGCACAGCUGCUUCAGUUGCUGAAUAAAAACAUAUACUUGAUCAGUAGGUUAUCAGGCAUUGCAUUUCCUCUCAUCAAACUGUGUUCACCAAGUGAAGUUCACUCUCAUUUGCUUGGCUUCAAAAAGGGUUUCUCCACAUUUUGAAACCCUAAUUAAAUUAACCGUUAAUACGAGAGAUAUGUUUCCUGUUAUUGGUAUUGAGGGGUGGUGUGAUGUUUUUUGGGACAUUUGCUGGCUAGAUGGGAGUGGAAUAUUUAGUCAUAAUAAGUGCCAACCUUGGAAGAGGUUCAUAUCCCCCGGGGUAUUUAGAUGUUGAAUAUAGUCAUAACAGAUUGCAGUUGUUUCACGCUGCUGGCUACAUAUGAUAGAUGUUGGGAACUUAGCUUCAGAUGGCCGUGCAAGUAGAGGAAGGGUCACAGAACCACAUUACAACCUCUUCUUUUCAGAUCCCCACUGAUCUGUAUUCCACAUUAGAAUUUGUCCCCAGCAACAGUUCAGUUUGUACGAGUCGAAUAAAUAAAUGGUGUAGUCAGGCUAGGUGACCUGGUUGAUUGCAUGUUACCCAGUCCCAGUUGGAUUACUAGACACAGGAUGUCCAUCAGUGGAUUGUCUGGUCCACACUUUGCUACUUCCAGACCACUGUCAAUGGACCUUGUGAUGUCCGAGUUCAGUGUUGACAACUAGCAAACACUUCUCUGUCCCAAAUGUUGAUGAGUGAAUCUUCAGGUGUUGAUUGUGUAGCUUUAAUGAUUCAUUGGUAUAAGCAUGCAUUCACACACAUUUUUGAACAUGGUGCAAAGGAUUUGGUCGUUUAUUUCUGGUCUGUUUAGGGGUGGUGUGGUAGCGUAGUGGUUAAAGCAUUCGCUCGUCACGCCAAAGACUCGGGUUCAAUCCCCCUCAUUGGUACAAUGUGUGAAGCUCAUUUCUGGUGUCCCCCACCGUGAUAUUGCUGGAAUAUUGCUACAAGCGGCUUAAAAUCAUACUUGCUCACUCAUCCUGGUUUAGGGGGGUUUGGUGAAAAUGAUACAUUCAUUAUUUAUCUAUACUUUCACAUAGAUAUUUUUUCCUGAUGACGUAGUACCAUGUGUGCCUCAAGACUAUUAUCCUUAAACGUUAUUAACCCAUAUCACUUUAUUCUAUCCUUCCCAACUAGCUGAUGUGCUUUGACUGACCUCAUCUCCUUUGGAUGAACAUAUUUUCUGUAAAUUUUUUCAAAUCUAUCAUCAGCUUGAGUGAGUUUUAGAAUAUACAUACUAAUCGCCUCCAUUGAGAAAACAAUGUUUUUGUUUCAGCUCCUAGGACACACAGACAGUGAUAUCUUCACUUUAUGCUGAUUUUGCUUGUAAAGACCAGGAAAUUAAGGAAAUAUGAACUAUGAGCUAAAAUUUACAAAUUGUUUUUAAAUAACAGGACAUGUUAGCUUUCAUUAAUUAUUACUUUAAUAAAUAUUUCAUUCAAGAAUUCAGGGGUUGUAUACAGGUUGAAGGUUUAUCGUUUAUUUAUUUUUUCUGGUAUUCUCCUUUCUUUUAUCCAUGAAAUAAGACUUUUGUUUCCAUAGUGAUUCCAGCAGCCACUACUGUGUAGACAGAAUGAUAAUACAGCUUUUACUUUGCAUCUGAUUACGAACAAGAAUUUUGUUUUUCAUAUAUUAUGCAGUAUUACUUGUGCUAAUGCUCUUCAUUAUCACAUUAAGAAUAAAAUCAUGUUGAAUGCA